AUGGAGGUGGCAUUCCUGCGCCGCGCCCUGGCCGACCCCUCGCUGCGCCCCGCCCAGCGCCUGCACUCCGCGGCCGCGCUGGUGGGGGUGACGCUCUUCUUCGUGGAGGACGCGGCACCAAGGGCCCCCUUCAUACACUCGGCCUGGCACCUGUGCAGCGCCGGUGCCACCAACACCAUCCACGCCCUGCUGGCAGACACCGAGGCCCGCCUGAACGGCAGCCACGCGCCCCCCGACGCCCGCAAGGCAGCCUUCAUGCUGCCCGAGCCCCAGCGCACGGGCGCGGGCGCGGGCGCGGGCCCGCCGCGCCCCUGCGAGCCGCGCAGGGAGCUGGCGGUGUCGCCGCUGCAGCUGCCCAGCUGA